AUGGAGGGCUCGCCGCCUAUAUACGAUGGCCGUGCUGUCGAUCGCAUUAUACGGGGCGCCAAUAUGGGCGCCCCAGCUCAACGCCUGGCGAGAGGGCCAAAGGAGGCUGAGGCAGGCGUUGAGGCCAAUGAUGGUCAAGAUGACAAGAUCGUACAGCACGGUCUCCUAUGGAUUUUGAAAAAAUAUCACAUAUCCCACAAAUUAUUGGAUAUUGAUGGUUCGCACAUACCCAUUUUGGCUCCUGCAGAAGGCUAUCGAGAUUUUGUUAAUCGUAAGGGUUGGCCCUCAUAUGUUUGGCAAGCCAUUGUUGAUAACAAAUACAGGUUUAGAAAUAUUUGUAUUCGUCAUCCUGGGAGCACUCAUGAUGCUGCUGUUUUUAAAGAUUCGAGUUUAUAUAAAGAUGUUGAAAAUAUUAUUCCACAGGUUAUAAGAAAUAUUAGUGGCUUAGAAGUACCUUACCUAAUUAUUGGUGACCCAGCAUAUCCGCUAUUACCAUGGUUAAUAAAAAGUUAUCCUGGUAACGUAACAGCAGCACAAGAAUCCUUUAAUGUAUAUUUAAACUCUGCAAGAGUUGUUGUAGAAAUAGCAUUCGGCCGUUUAAAAGCACGUUGGAGAAUAUUUUUAAAAAGAAUUGAUGUAAACUAUACAUUCAUUCCACAUAUUACUAGUGUCUGCUGCAUUUUGCAAAAUUUUCUCGAAUGUAGGAAGGAACAAUUUAUUCAGCAAUGGCUGAAUGAUAUGAUUGAAGCGGAAAUAAUGUACCCGCAACCUGUUAAUGCUAUACAUCGAGAACGUGAUGACAUAUCUGGGUCAACUAUUCGAAAAUAUUUAACAGAUUAUUUGUCAUAAUUAUCCGUUGCGUGCAAGUAUAUUAAAAUAAGAUAUUCUGUUCAU